AUGCUAUAUUUAUGUUCUUCAUUUUAUUUGUGCCAGUGGCGAAAAGGCCGAAAACACGGGGUCGUUCUUGUAGCAAUAAUUUUUAUUGUGUUCUCUUUGACGAGUAUUCCCAAAUAUCCCUCGUGGUCUUCAACUGUGCACCAUUAUGAAGAAGUGAAAAGUAUCUCGGAGAGAUCACAUUCGCCGCAGUGCGAAGCAGUCCAGCAUUUGAUGUUUUUAAAGACGCACAAAUGUGCCAGUACCACGCUGCAGAAUAUUAUCCUGCGUUAUGGACACAGAAACAAUUUGACCUUUGUUCUGCCGCCAUCCGGUAACAAUUUGGGAAACUUUGACCAGUUCGAGCCGUUUCACGCGGAUUUAGCGCUUCCGCUACCAUCAACAUUCGGAAACGAAUACCAAAUUUUUGCGCAUCAUGCGCGUUUUAUGGAAAAUAAUAUUGCUGAAAUUAUGCCCAGGGAUACUGUUUAUAUUACCAUUAUUCGAGAACCGGUGGAAAUGUAUGAAUCGAUUUGGUACUAUUUUCAAUUGGAUUUACGAUAUAAUGUUUCCUUACCGGAAUUCGCAAGAAAUCCUGUGCAAUAUUACUUUAAUGCAGCAGGUCAGCACACAAAGAAAUUCGGAUGGAAUCCAUUAAUGUCUGAUUUGGGACUGGAAGAAACCGAUUUUACUAAUCAAUCAACCAUAGAAAAAGCUAUUAAAAAGAUUAGUAACAAAUUCUCUUUGAUUAUGAUAAGUGGUCGGAUGGAGGAAUCGUUGAUUUUACUACGCAGUUUAUUAUGUUGGGAUUUUCAAGAUGUUGUGGCGUUCCAUCUCAAUUCGCAACCGAAAAGUUAUUACACAAAAUUAACAGAGAUUGAUCGCCAAAAUAUUCGUGCAUGGAAUAAGGCUGAUAACUUAUUGUAUCAUUACUUUCUUGCGAAAUUUGAAAAGCAGGUGUCCGAAUAUGGAAGUGAUAAAAUGGGAAAAGAUGUGAUAAAGCUAAGGGAUCUCAUGCAAAAAUGGAAACGCCGAUGCUCGCCAAAACUGUUUCCUACUCUGUCGCGGAAGGAUAAGGAUUACUGCCACUUGUUGUGUGUGAACGAACUGGAAUUCACCAACAUAGUCCGAUCUAGACUGUGGCCAAAUUACGGGUUUCGCAGUCGAUAUCGUGGGAAAGGUCAUCGCCUUGAAAUGGAUGACAUAAACCUCUGUGAUGAAAUCAUGUUAUAGUCAGCAAAAACGUAGCAAAUGUGCACAAUGUAUGAUAAAUACAUUUUGCACAUCUGCCCAGUAGUUUUAGUUUUUAUUUUCAUUUUAGUUGCGUUUCUGUCAUAGUAAGUAUACAAAUCAUAUAUGGAAUACAUCUGUAGACUGUAUCCAGUUAUGUUUGUUUGAAUAAGUCCCGAUUAUAAUGAAAAAUAUUUGCAACCAAUAACUGUGUUC